UACUUGGUAUGCAAACAUAAACCAGUUGUUAAAAGGCGGUGGGCUAGUGUGGUAUAAUACAUGUCACAUAAAUGGUUACAUAAAUACCUUGUUUGCUGGAGAUAUAAGCUUUAAAACAAACUUUAAGUUGAUUUUUAUUUGACUUAUAAGCUGGACAUUACAUGUUGAUAGUCAGUGAAUAAUAGAUUGGUGUUUUUGUUUUGUUUAGUGAUCUAUAAGGUUAGAUACGUCAUUAUUUGAGUUAAAUCAAAGGCAACAAAUGGCAUCUUGUCCGCAGUCCAACAUUGAAAAAGAAUCUGACAUGGUUCAAGACUUCCGUGUUCGACCUGUGAAGACCAGGAAGUUUCGGAAUCAGCCGAUUAUUAUUGCGAAUCUUGUGAGAAGUUUUACUGCCCAAAAUGUAUUAACAUGCAUGGCCAGUUGUUUACAAAACAUUCCCCUCACGGUACGGGAGAUAUUAAGAAAUGGCCAGUUUCCAAGAAGGUGGAAGAGUUUCUUUUGAAAUGUGAUGGUCAUAAAGAAGAUAAGGUGGAGAUGUUUUGCAAAGACCAUACCCAGCUAUGCUGCAGAAAGUGUGCUCUCUUCAAUCACAGGCAAUGCAAAGCUGUCAUGCUUUUAUCAGACUUGGUAAAAAAUACCUCCACGGACCUCAAACAAGUAUCAGUUACUAUCCAAACUACUCUAGCACAACUGAAGGAGCUUCAAGACAAGCUUCAAGACAGCCAGGAGGCUAACUUUCGUUCUCUGCAAAGCUCAUUUGAUGAGCAGUUACACAAAAUACAGGAAACUCGGGAACAAAUAAUUGCAGCCUUAGACAUUCUUGAAAAGAAGACACUGACGGAAAUGAAAGAUACACUUACCAAAAUGCAAGCCUCUCAUAAAAGUGAUAUUGACAAAUGUGCCACUUUUCGUGAUGAAUUAAAACAACUUAAAGAUGUCAUAGAGCACAUAAGCGAUAAAAGCAAGCUGGAACUAUCUUUUAUAACUAGCAUUAAAUGCGUAGACAAAAUACAGUUGUUUGAAAAAUAUCGGACGUAUACUAAAUUUGUUCAAGUAAAAUCUUCAAUUACUUUCCUACCCAAUAGAGACAUUGUGCAGUACCUUUCCACAUUGUCAAGUCUUGGGAGAAUUGAAGACAGUAGGCAGACAGCGACAGUUCUGGAAAUUUCAGACCAAGUAAUGAAGAUGGAAGGAAAGUCUGAGUAUGACUAUAAAGGCGAAUAUGGGAGAGAUUGCAGUAUCAGAGACAUACUUGUUCUCCCUGAUGGACUUGUCCUGCUUGCAGACAAAGGUAAUGAGACUGUCAAGCUGUUGAACCAGCAGUUCAAGUUGGUGAGUCAAUGUAAAGUAUCUGGUAAGCCAGGGGGCUUGUGCCAAAUCACACCCAGUGAGGUUGGUGUUACUGUUGGUAAAGAGAUCCAGUUUAUCAAAAUCAACAACAGCCAGCUGGUGACAGACAGAAAGCUUCAGUUACAACAUGAAUGUUUCUGUAUUUCCCACCACCAGGGUGACUUAUUUGUCACCUCUUAUUCAGCACUGUACAAGUACUCAAAGAGUGGUAAACUAUUCAGCAAACUGCACAAUGUUAAAGGUGUGAAUGUUAUUUUACCAAUGACCCCAGCACUGAGUUUAGCAGUGAGUCCGAAAGGUGACAAGUUGUACAUCGCAGACCCUUUCAAUAACAAUCUCCUCACCCUGGCCAUGGAUGGAUCAGUUCUUGCCACUUUCAAGGACCCUGAAUUAAAAUCCCCAAUAUAUGUUCAUGUGACACCUGCAGGCCAGGUGCUGGUAUGUGGACAUGAUUCCAGCACUAUCCUACAGGUGGACAGGGAGGGCAGUAGGAAGCUUGCCACUUUGGCUACAGUAUGGGAUGGGCUUCAGGACCCAUGGUCAGUCUGCUACAACAGCAGCACUGCCUCCAUUAUUGUGGGACAGAACAACAAGAUCCUGGUGUACAAAGUGAAAUAGCUUAUUAUUGUCCUCCCUGAUAUGUGUUAUUACAAGUGAUAAAAAAUACCAUCAUAUAAUAGCUGUUAGUUGAAUAAUGCUGUGUUACAUUGCAACAAUUGUUUUUGAAAUGUGAAGUUAUAUGUGACAAUAAUAA